ACAACUGUGAUGCGGUGAAAUGUGGGCCUGGUGGCAACUGCACGAGGGAUGUGAACGGAAAUCCAUCCUGUAGUUGCAGCACUGGUUUUAAGCUGUCUUUUGACAAGCUCUCUUGCAUUGAUUCUAAAUGCUUUGCUCUAGGCUGCUCGCCGGGUGGGACUUGUGCGAAGGAUAACAGCACUGGAUUGCUCUAUUGUAAAUGGGACACGCCAUGUGGCAGGUGCCCCACUGGAGCCACCUGCAAUACCACACUCGAAAUAAUGGAAAAUUCCCUUGCUCCGUACUGCGUGUGUCCUGCUGGCUAUGGCAUGACUCAAGACGCUUGCAUCAAAGGUGGCGUGUCUACGGUGGGAGCAGCUAGUAUGACGUUCGAUAGCGACCAAGUAAGAGACGGUGGAUCCCGCCCGUACACUGUGCGUGCCAACAUCAAUACAUGCACGCCAGUUCCCAAGGAGAGGGUUGGCAACUUCACGAGACGAUACUUAGUGUUCAAUACAAACGACGGCACGCCGCUCUUCAGGUCACGCGAAUACUGGACCGGCAACAACUGUACGGGGGAGCUUCUGCUUGACAGGAGAAUGCCAAUCACUCCUUUAUUUGCACAACUCAUCAG